AUGGAUCCUAAUAGCUCAGAAAAUUUUGACUGGGUUGAAUUAGUGGAUCAUAAAACACAACAGCUAAUGUAUAUCAAUUUGAAGUCUGGUGCAUGUUUUCGAGAUCCUCCAAAGAAUGCUAAAGUGAAAGCAGCAUCACCUAAUCAAUGGUGGGAGUUAUUCGAUCCAAAUGCACAAAGAAAUUAUUAUUAUAACAGUAGCACUAGAGAGACAAUUUGGCAAAAACCUUCUGAUGGUGAAAUUAUUCCAUUAGCCAAAAUACAACAGUUACAACAAAAUCUGCGUCCUUCAUUUACUCUUCAAAAUGAUGAUAUUGGUAUAUUUCGUCGUUCUGGUCACAGCAAUAAUAAUACUAGCCAUAUGAAUAUUAACCCCGACCAUAACGGUGAAAGAUUGUCAACCUCAUCAUUAAGUCAAAGAAAGUCUACUAACAAUCCAUCAAUUGUUGAUAAUAUAUCAGGACAUACAUUUAAUUAUAUGCUUCCUAUGCCUCAUAGUAAUACUACUACUAAUGGUAAUCAUCAAAAUAUGAAUGGUAUUCAAUCACCUUUAUUAUCCUCUAGAAGUAUAGUCGACAAUACUACUACUGUACACCAGUUCACUACACCGGUGACAAUUCCAACAACUACAAUAUCCAAUGAUCAUCAACGCGUUCAUGAAUGGUUACGUGAUUCAAGUAUGAAUAUUACUAUUAAUAAUAAUGGGUCAAAUAUUGAUCAUAAUACACGAUCCAGUAUUAAAAAACCUAACUGUCUAUCUGAUCGACCUAUUCGUCGUCAUAGUAAUAUACAACCAUCUCAGCUGCAAGAGUUAAUUGAAUUUCCUAGUCCAAUUGAAGAGCAUUUUUCACAUCUUCAGUUGAAAUCAACAUCUCAUACUGUAAACUAUUCAACACAAUUUAGUAAUCCCUCCGUGUCGAGUAAAUAUUUCUCUAACGAUUUAUCUUUUAUUCCUUCGGAAUUCAAUAAUCGUUCAAUAAAAGGAUAUACUAUUGAUAAUUCUACUCCUCAAUUAACACCACGUCAACGUGCAUUUCCACGUACUAAUCCAACUGUAUCACGUCCUUCAGGGAGUACAACAUGUACUCUACCUAGACCUACUACUACGACGGCGUCAUCAGAUAAUUCAUUAAAACCUAUUUUACCUGCUUCAAUUGUAUCAUCAAAUCAUCAAGUGAAUGAUACAAAUUCUACGAGGACAACACCUAUCAUGAUUGAUAUUAUCGAUUGGAGAGAAACAUCCUCUGCAUCAGCUUCGUUUAAUAAUAAACCAAAGUUAACUCAACAUCAGCAGCCGCAGCAUCUUCCUGUUGAUAGUCCAUUGUCCGCUUCUCCACAACCAUCAUCUUCUUCCCCACCAAUAUCGCCUACCUCAUUUUCAAGUGCAUCAUCAUCAACGACGACAGCGUUGACAACAGCAAAUUCUGAUGAAAGUAUAGAUGAUGAUAAUCUACCGAAUGUUCUCCUGGAGAAUUCUGAAACGCCUAGUCAUCAGCAUCAAUCAUAUUCACCGGAGAAUACAACAACAACAACAACUGCCGCAUACCUUUUUAAUAAUGAUAGUCAAGAUUAUAGUCAGUAUAUUUGUAUAUUGAAUGAAGAUGACGAGCAAUUGAAACCACCGACUCCACCUCCGCGAUCAGCUUCAACGUUAUGCUCUCAGGGUAUAUCAGUAGCAAAUGAUUUUUUUGGUAGUUUUUCAAAUCAUAUCCCAUUGGAAAUACCAUCAUCAGCGGUAAUAACAACAGCGGCAAUGUCGACGAUGAUGACAACACCAGCGACACCAGUAUCAUUACAUCAUCCACAUCAGACGAUAGAAUAUUCGCAGACAUAUUAUCCUCCGGUUUGCCUGCAGUCACCAGUUACACCUUCAUCUAAUAUAUCACCAAUUAUAACAUCAUCUUCAUUAACACGGAAUCAUCCAUUACGGGCGAAUGUUAUUCAACCGAAUCAUCGUCGACCACAUCGGUCACAGUAUUUUACACAACAUAUUCAAACAGGCAUUUCAGAUGAAAAGACCACAAAAUCCAAUGAAAACAAUUUCACUACUACUCCUGCUGCUGCUCCGCCUACUGCUACUGCGGUUGAUGAUGGUGGUGUGAAUUGUUUCAUUUCAACAAGUGAGUUAUUAUUCAAUACUCAACAGCCUAGAAUAUUGUUAGCCAAUCAAGUGAAUACUACACGGACAAGAAAUGUAACUGCUGCAAUCCCCUUGCCUGAUGUCGGUGUUUCUAGUAGCGGUAGUGGUAAUAUAUGGUCCAAUAAUAAUAAUAAACUGACCGCUAAAGUAUGGGGAGAUUCCAGCAACAACAGCAACAGCAACCACAGUAAUCUAACGACAACGACUGAUUCUGUACACAUAAUCGAGUAUGGUAAAAUAACAACAGGCACAAAUGAAUCGAUUACAGGCAAGGCAUUUUCUACAUCAAAUUUAAUCAUGAAUAAUUUGCCACGUUCUUCAUCUGGUGGUUUUAUUGGUCCAGCAGAGAGUACAGAUUCGUCUUUGCUACGGACUAGUGGAUCAUAUAAUCAUCAUAAUAAUAAUAAUAAUAGUAUUAAUCAUUCUAAUAAUAAUAAUAAUCGUUCACGUGUUUUAUCAAUUUGCAAGACGAUACAACCGAUUUAUGUCCAUCCAGGUCAUCCAGGAUUUUCUUUAUUCAUUGAACCAUUCAAUUGGCCUAGUCACCUAUUUAAACCAGAUGCUGAUAUAUCGACUUUAAUGAGUUGGACAAAGUCUAACUUUUCUAAACGCCUACUGGUUAAUUCAGAACCUGCAUUGAAGAAGCAAGUUGCUCAACUUUUCAAAGUGAUUCAAUCGUUUAUGGGUGAUAGAAAAGCACGACUUAGUCUACCAGAUUAUGGUUCAAUUAUUAUUCAUCGUGCUUUGAGUUCAGCUAAUUUACGAGAUGAAUUAUACGCUCAAUUGUGUAAACAAACAACCGGGAAUACAGAUAUAAAAAGUCUUACAAAUGGUUGGGCUUUAUUAUGCGUCUGCUUGUAUUACUUUCCACCGAAUAGUAAAUUUCGUGAUCAUCUCUACGCAUACCUACAAAAUCGAUCAGAAGCUUCAGUGAUCCUAAAUCAUAGCACACCUAAUACUAGUAAUCAUACAACAAUAACAACAUCUACGACAGUGACAGCGACAACGACUAUGACAAAUAACAACAAUGCAACGUCGUCAGGUACAGUUGAAUACAACACUCAGUCUGCACUACCGAUGGAGUCUAGUCUUAAAGCAGCAGCUGCUAUCGCUGCGGGUUUAAAUCCUUUCCACUUUACUAACAAUUAUAUCAGUAGUAGUAAUAACGACAAUGUUAAACUUGUAGAUAAAUGUCAACAGUCAAAUGAUGCUUCAAUGAAUAAUAUUUACAGUAAUCAUGUCAAUAAUUAUCCAGCUGGAAUUACCUUAGGACCAUGGGAUCGUCCAACUGCUGCACAUUUUGCACGUGUUGCUCCCAGAUGGUUCGCGCGUUCAUUAAAUGUUGGUGUACGUAAGACAACAGUUAGUCCAUCGAUUGAAGAAAUAUGCCAUGUUAAGGAUUUUCUGCUGAAACCAUGCAUAUUUGGUAGUUCGUUGGAUGAAAUGAUGCAAAUACAGGCAUAUCGAUUUCCGUAUUUACGUAUACCAUGGAUACAGAUAUUUCUGACAGAAGAAAUUUUACACUUGAAUGGUGCUCAAACUGAAGGGAUUUUCCGCCUAUCACCAGAUAUGGAUGUUCUUAUUGAAGUACGUUGUCAACUAGAGAAACUGUUUGAAAUAUUUCGUGUUGUACAACUGUGUGAUCCAGAACAACAACAGCAGCAGCAGAAUAACGAUGAAUAUGACAUGAUGAUGAAUAGUCGUUUCCUUGUUCAUCGUCCACCACCGCCUGGUUGGUCGACAUCAGUUCAGGUGAUUGAAGCAGAAGACGAGAAUCAUCAAGACAAUUAUCCCGAUGCCACAUCCUCAGCAUCGUGUCUAGAUUGGAAUUGUUUAAUUGGUGAAUUCACUUGGCCUUUAUUACCUGAACCAUUGAGUCUACCGCCAGCGGAAUAUGUCCUCUUGACACCAACAGCUUAUUGGCCAAGGAAUUUAUCCAGUAUUAUAAGACGUUCACGGUCAACAUCUCUGACGUCUUCAUCAUCAAUGGCGGCGGCGGCAGUGUCAGUGUCAGCAUCGACGACAGCAUUGACUACUGGUGCGGGUGGUGGCAGCGGCAGCGGCGGUAAUUCAGGCAAUAUGGAGUCUCAUUUAGCUGCAGGACUACUGAAAUUAUGGCUACGGGAAUUGAGUCAACCACUGAUACCCAUAGAGCUACAAUCGAUAUGUAUGAAAGCUGCUUGUGAAGCUGAGGUCUAUGAAACUCAGGAGAAAAAUGAUACUGCCGAAUGCUUAAAUGAAGAGGAAUUAAAUCCAAUUCAAAAAUGUUGUCGACUAGUGAGACGUUUACAUCCGCUGCCAAGAAGAUCUCUGCUCUAUUUAAUAUUACUUUUACAACAUCUUUCAAAACCAAUCAAUUCAAACAAAUCAUUAAUGGAUGCCAGAAAUCUGUCUACAGUCAUAGCACCGAAUUUAAUGCGUUCAUCAUCUAACCAUAGUCAAGAUCCACGUGAACUGCUGCAAAAUGUUCGACCACAGACAUUAUUCAUUCGUUUAUUGAUUAGUUAUCUGGAUGUUGAGGCUGAAGUGAAGUAUUUAAAACAAGAGGAGGAAGCUGCUGCUGAGGCAGAAGCACAAGCAGAAGAACAGAGAGAUGAAGGAGCCAGUGGUGUAGACGGAGGUGGAGUCGGCGGUAUUAUUAAUGGAAAUGGUAAUGAGAAGAUAAUAAAGAACAAGAAUAUCCUGGAAGAUAAAGCAGCCUCUGAAGGACGACGACCUCUUCCAGGUGGAAAUCACACUAGUCAUCAUGAUAAGUUGUCGUCAACAUCCUCGAAUGGUGGUUAUGUGUAUUUAUCAGCACCGGUACGUGUUAAACUCGGUCCAAAUAACGCCUUCAUACCGCUGUAAUAAUAAUAAUAAAGCAAUAAUCUGGCGACGUUAAUGCAUUGUGCCGACUUGCCUUUCUCUUAUAGCCACAUGUUUAUAUAUAUUUGUACUCAUAUCUUUUGUAUUUAUUGAUUAUCGAUCUAUAUCUCUCUCUCUACCUGUUGUUAAUUGGUGGGGGUGCAAUGAUCACCAUUCAGGUUAGACAAGAUUUUCUAAUGUGAUUUUCCACAUAUUCUCUGGAUAUCCUCCUGUUUCUUCUUUUUUUAUUGUUUUGAGACUCUGCAGAAACAGGCAAAUCAAAAGCUUGACGAACUUGAUCUUUCGCAUACCUACCUGAUGAUAAUUUAUUCUCUUUCCCGUCUGCUUUUGAUGUUUUAAUGUGUUAUGCUUGAGAGUUUAUGACAACAAACUGACUGACUUCAGAUUGGGCAGUUGAACUGCAAGUCUCUGUGUAAAUCCAAAGAAUUUGAAAUCUUAUCCAUCCUUUUUGUCCAUUCCUUCAACCCUCCCUCGUCGCCUUUUUUUGCCGUUAUAUAGCUGUUUUCUUUUUUGUAAUAAACGUAAUUAUUCAUUAACAACAGCGAAGCAUUUCAAUUAUUAUAAAUUUAUCGUGAUUCUCUGAAUGGUACUCAUUCAAAUUUCGUCCUUUUUUUUCUUAUUACUGAUUCUUAUUUGGAAGGUGUGUGUAUAUUUAACUUGGUUUCCUCUUCUUUCUCUAUGGAUAAACUGGGGUUGGAGGGGGGCUGGGCUAAAGUACCUACCUACCUACCUCUCUACAUUGAGUUUAUUUAUUUGUGUUGUGCAGAGUUAAAUCUCUACAGCAAUUUAUUCAUGUCUUUCUAUUCCUAAAAUAAGGCUGGAAAUUCAACGACACAGAAACACAUAUAUAUGUCGCCUUAGCCUUCAUUGUGUCAAUCGCUGCCCACAUACCUUUUCACCCAGCCAAGCCAGCCGGCUGGCCAGUCAGUCAAUCGGCCUCUUACACGUAAUAACCUUGUAUUGUAUCAGUUUGUGGGUAUAUAUGUGUGUCAUUUAAGCUUUUACUUAGACGACUCCAGUUGCAAUAUCUUUUUUUUUGUCCACAAUGAUUACGUGCAUACUCCUACUUUUAUUAAUUUAAAAUUGUGCAAAAGCCGCCUGCUGACAUUUUCACGAGAUUGAUAUGACUGUACUUAUUACUUGUCUUUCUUGUCCUUUCUUUUGAUAUAUUUAUGCUUUAUUAAAAAAAAACAAUUGCAAUCACUGUUUGUUUUUUUUUACAAAAUUAGCAUUUUUCUCAUUUUAUUCAUUCAUAUGUUGUGAGAGGAGGUGUACAUAUUUUAAUUAGUAGAACAAAAUUUCAGGUUUGCCUUUUUUAUAAACUACUUAUAACCCGAUAUAAGUAGAUUGAUUUUUACUCGAGAAAAAAAACUGGGGGUGAAAUCAUCUAAACGCCUUGCCCUUCUUUUUUAUUUCAUUUCACAGUGAAGUAACUUUUUUUUAAUGUACAGAAAAGUGUUCUCUUCCAAGAAGUCCUCUUCACCAUCAUCGCCACCCCCACCACCACCACCAGCAGAUACACAUACGUACUUACAUACAGUUCGCUUUCUUAUCAGUAUAAUUGUAAAUAAUAUUCGUCAUUACAUCAAGUUGUGACUACUCCUUUCUCUGUGAGACACUGGCAGUGUAAUACACCUUUGUGUGUGUGGCGGGGGGGAGGAGGCGAUUUCUUCUUUUUAUUCUGGACUCCAAUACGUACGUGUUUAUUUGUGUGAAUGUACGUAUACCUUGUCCCGUGGUCUGUCCGUAUGCUAAACAUUCAUCAAUGCCUAUAAUCCAUAUAUAUCCUCUAAUUAUAUACUUUAUAUAUAUGCAUAUAUGAUUUUAUAUGAUUUCUAUUGAGUAGUUGUCAAUGAUGAGUGAUUGGUGGUUGAUUGAGUUAUUUGUUUAUCUAUAGUAGAAUUCUUUUCAAUUUGUACUAUUAUUAUUAUUAUUACUAUUUAUUACUAUUAUUAUAAUACUUGUAUUGUACUUAUUAUUUAUCUGGGGUAUAUUAUGCACUAUUUGUGUGUGUGUUUGUGUGUCUAUGCAUGCAUAUAACCUUUUUGAGCACAUUUAUAGGUCUUAUCAUAUGAACUGUUUUUGUUUUCUAUCACUACUCACUUCUACUCACUUUCACAUGAAUUUUCCUCGUUCCCUCAGUCUCUCUCUCUCUCCGUCUCCUGUUCCCUUUGUCUUUGUUAAUUAUGCUUCUCUGACGAUCGAAAAACAAAUAUGAUAUAUAAAUAAAUACAUUUAUACUUAUU